AUGAUGACUACUACGUCGAUCCUAACCCAUGAAGGUUGUUCUGCAAUUCUGAUUCAAUACUUCAUAAACUUUGCAUGAUGAUUAAUCACAUGUAUGACUCAUGCUUAUCAUAAAGGCUUUUAUCUGAAAAUCAACUUAUCCAUGAUGAUAGUCAAAAUACUCACCUCUGAAUCGUGGUGACAAAUUUUGCCCCUAUCUGAUAUAUUUAUAUUUUAUGAUGAAAACUCAUCUGACACCUCUAGAACGAGCGUUGCUAUGAUCACAAACCUUUUCUGACUUUCAUACAAUAAAAUUUAG